UCAUUACAGCACGGUACGACCUACAACAGCAGGAAAUGCCGUCUCGUUGCCGUUUCCGUGGGCUCUUGGUAGCAGGACAUUUGGGCAGAGUGAGAACUCUUGCGUUGGACAACAGUGAAGAAGACAAGACACAAGCUGAACUGAUUGAAAACAUGGAUAAGAAAGCAACCUGGGACCGCUUCUACGCCGAGAGCCGCAGCAAGACAACCACCUUCAAAAACUUUGAGUGGUUCUUUGGCUUCGAUGCCGUCCGGGACUUCAUUAUGCCUCUCUUGCAGACCGAGUCCCACCCAGGUGCUGUGCUACAAGUCCUGGAUAUGGGCUGUGGCACUUCUGCUCUAGGGCCCUGUAUUUUCAGACACUCAGCCCAGCCGGUCCGGGUCACUUGUGCAGACAUUUCUCCCAUAGCUGUGCAACUAAUGCAAGAACAUGUCCAAGCCAAAGCCAUUCAGCCUCAUAAUCUUUGUUCUCAGCUUGAGUUUGUAGAGUUGGACUGCACACAGCUUCACAGGCACUGUGGCUAUAGCAGUGUGGAUCUUAUAGUUGAUAAGGGCACCACAGAUGCCUUGUUGAGGUCUAAGGAAGGGAGAGGGAAGGCCAGUCUGGUGCUUAAACAGUGUUUGAAGGUUCUGCGGAGCUCUGGAUCUCUGCUCCAGUUCUCAGAUGAGGAUCCUGAUGCCAGGCUGUUGUGGCUGGAGACAGAGGCCCAGGAGCCGGGGGGGAUGGCAGCAGAUGUUGGUGUGCAAGAGGUUGGGGAGUGGGGGAAUCUCCAGGGCAAGCUGAAGGUGGUGGGAAUGAGUGGAGUCACCCUGAAGUGGAAAGAACAGCCUGAUGGGAAAGUCUUCCACAAGGAGGGACAAAGUUCACAGAAGAAAUUCAAAAAGAAAACUGAGCUCUGA